CCCUCGCGCCUUCACUUAUUCCUCUGCGCGCGGAGACCCGCGCCUCCGCCGCCAGAACCAGCCGGCUGCUUGGUGUCGCGGCUGCGCCUGUUCGUCCUAUCGCGUCACCGCUGCCGCCAUGCCCGGGGGUCUACUUCUCGGGGACAAGGCUCCAAAUUUCGAGGCCGAAACCACCAUCGGCCGCAUUCGUUUCUACGACUUUCUAGGAAGCUCAUGGGGCAUUCUCUUCUCCCACCCUCGGGACUUUACCCCUGUGUGCACCACGGAGCUUGGCAGAGCUGCAAAGCUGGCACCAGAAUUUGCAAAGAAGAACGUUAAGUUGAUUGCCCUGUCAAUAGACAGUGUUGAGGACCAUCGUGCCUGGAGCCGGGAUAUCAAUGCUUACAAUGGUGAUGAGCCCACAGAAAAGUUACCUUUUCCCAUCAUUGAUGACAGUAAACGGGAACUUGCCAUCCUGUUGGGCAUGCUGGACCCUGCGGAGAAGGACGAGAAGGGCAUGCCUGUGACAGCUCGUGUAGUGUUUAUUUUUGGUCCUGAUAAGACACUGAAGCUGUCUAUCCUCUAUCCAGCUACCACCGGCAGGAACUUUGAUGAGAUUCUCAGAGUAGUUACCUCUCUCCAGCUGACAGCAGAGAAGCUGGUUGCCACACCAGCUGAUUGGAAGGAAGGAGGUAGUGUGAUGGUCCUCCCAAACAUCCCUGAAGAGGAAGCCAAAAAACUUUUCCCUAAAGGAGUCUUCACCAAAGAGCUUCCAUCUGGCAAGAAAUACCUCCGCUACACACCCCAGCCUUAAGUCUCCAGAAUUUGGUGCCAGAGCUGCUCGCAUAGUACAGUGAGCCAGAGGAUGUCAGCUGCCAAUCAUGUUUUCCAGCAGCUCCCUAAACACGUCCUGAUGUGAUCAUAGCCAAGGUCUUUAGGUUGCUACACUACUGGCUUAUUAAAUGAAAAUGGCACUAAAAAUUUCUUGGGAUUCUUUAUUCUCUGCCCUCACCAGCACUCUGUUCUGCUCAUACAUCAGCUCUGCUGGCUGUCUUUGAAAUAUGUUCCAUAUUUGAGACUCAGAUCAUGUUGGAUCUCUGCAGGGUUUGCCAUCAAUGAGGGAAUAUCAGUUGAUGGUUAAGAAGUCUUGCUUUGUGCCAUCACAGAACGAAGAUCAAUUCUUUCAGCUGCCCUAAUAAAACCCUCUCUUCUUUUACUUGUUUUGAAGGGCAAUAGACUCGAGGUUCAACUUCCUCCGUAAACAUCCAAGUAUAUAACCCAGGAACAUAGAGUAACCCAGGUGUUCUUUAACAUUCAGUAUUUUGAUCAUAGCACUUUUAAAUUCUGUACUUUUCUAAUAGAUAUCUAAAGUGGGAAGAACAAGAAAAGGGACCUUUAAAUAUUUUUCUAUAAAAAAAAAAAAAGGGCAGUAAACUAUCAGAAGAGGGAAACUGCAGAACAGACUCCUCUUGCCUGCCAAGGAGGUGCAACAGAGGUGUGAGCAACCCCAGCAAGUGCCAUGUGCCUUUUGCAGUGUUUCCUUGUGCCAGUCUGCUCCUAACGAUGUGUAUGUGAAAGGGCACACCUUGUGCAGAGGGGAGAUGAUGCUCAAAAAUGUUUUAUUAUACAGUUGUUCUUACAGUGGGUUGCUAUUUUCUGGAUUUUGCUUUUUAGGGUUCGACAAAUAAAAUUUUUGUUAAAACUGAA